GACAGCGAACAAACAUUCCUUUUGAAUGUCAUAGUUCUCAAGCCCAUUCAACUAAUAGAUUGUGUAAGCCAGAUGAGUAUCAUUUGAAUGUCUUCACACAUUGUACUGCCACCCCAAAGUUCAACAUCAUGUCACGAGCACUUGAUAAAGAUGCUAUUUCAUCUAUCAAUGCCAGCGACUCUCAAAAAGUCUACGACGAUGUCGUGAAAGUACUUGGUCCUUAUUACUCUCUCUCUCACGAACUGAUAGACUUUGAGCUUCUUGGAAAAGGUCAAUUACCGGAGAAUGUCAAUACAGUAGUCCUCGAGAACAGUGUUGGCAUACCCAAAAUCAAGCUUGUUCAAGCGUUUGUUAUUGCACGGAAAGUGUUCUUCAAAUUCAAAGAUCUGGGUACCGAAUAUUCAAAGGAAAUCCGGGAUGCUACUUCUGUCAUUCUCCUCACAGAUCCAGAACAUUUAACGGCGUGUAAUGCUCGAAAAAGACUCAUACAGAGUAUUCGAACGAAAUCUGUCUCUGAGCUGGAAAUGGAUUUGAAGAGCGAGCUACGUUUCGUUGACAGUCUCUUAACGUCCCACCUCAAUCGUCAUACAAAGUCACCGACGUUAUGGAGCCAUAGGAGAUGGCUUCUUGAGUUGUGUCAAUCCAAGGAUCUACCUCUUAAUGUAUCUCGGGAUCUUACAUUGGUUGUUAUGGUGGCAGCUGAGAGGCAUCCUCGAAACUACUAUGCAUGGUCUCACAUGAGGUGGUUGAUGAAAUCGGUGGAAGGUGAUGAGACCGCAUACCUUACUAUAAUACAUAAUGUAAAGAAAUGGUGUUUGGGGCAUCCAGGAGAUACCUCAGGGUGGUCUUUCCUAUUAUCCUGUCUAUCUUCACCUACAUUUCUAACAGCGACGUCUCCGAUUGACCAAAAGUCCUUGACAUGUGAAGAAGUUAUUGGAAUGGCAAUUUCACUGAGAUGGAAAGAGGAAUCUUUAUGGGUAUUUCUCAGGACUUUGGUGGCAUCUGGAAAUAUAACAGAGAAGUGUAGAUUCGCGUUUUUGCAAACCUUGGAAGAUUUCAAGAAUUCCUCGGAUGAUGCUAGAGGUCAACGAAUAAGCCAAUCUGCGCAUGAAUGGUAUUUGGAAUAUGGGCCAGAUAUCCGGGUUCCCCAAUCCAUCAAGACAUAACGUUUCAAGGCUUCAGUGUAAGACAUCGUAAUGCAAAGUGCCUCUUUACCAGCCGUUUGCCCACCCAAAUCAAACCCGUACGGAGAUUUCUCAACGUUCGGUUAAAUGUCAGACCAUCUAAUCGAGGAAAAGGGUAGAAAGAUGAUUGACUAUUUUGUGAUUGUUGUUUUGUUAGAGACAACCUAACACCAAAGAACCCAUAUUGGAAGACUUCGAGAAUUUCCCAGAUAUUGAGACCGUUAACAUAUUCAUCAAAUAUUUUCACAAUAGGGGCCCAUGCAUUGAAACAUUUCUGGGGGAUUCACAGCGCCACCAAGAUCUGAACGGACUGGUUUGCGCCACGGGUGCAACACGAACAUGGCUUUUUGCAGUAGCGACAUCCAAUUCGGUUGGUCUCUGCCAACAUACGAAAAGGAAAUAUUGAUAUGACAAGACAAUUGGGUGGCCAAGACAGGAACGUCUUUUUCGCUCACGGUAAGGCCCGUAGAGGCUCGAGAGAGGGUCACGAUUACGAUUGAAGUAGUCUCGCAGUGACUCGUGAGAGAUCAGAUUCUAUGUUUCAGAGUUCAGACGGUUCGUUAAUUGAAAAAGGUAUAUUACCA